AAAUCUUUACCUGAUAUGUGUAACCCAUCCAGCUUUCCUUUUCAACAACAAGACACACACCGAACAUUGUAUAACGAAACCCCCCUGCGGAAAAAUAUCGGGCCAAGAAACAUAUCACGACACACACCACCGGGGUGGUCGUUGCUCGGCUCGGACCAACGGAGCCUGUCGUGUGAUUGGCCAGUCUAGCCCGCUCGCGUCUUUCGCCUCUUUGGCCGUGGACGAGAGGAAGUUUUCUACUUUUUGAGAAAAGAGAGACACUGAGAAAGAGAGAGGGAGUCCUACUGCUUUAAUUUGAGCUACGACGACCAAGUACUACUUACAUAACAAUACGAGGCAAAGUUGUCUCAAAAUGUGUCACAUUCUCGAGCGGAAAUCGCAACUUCUUGGCCUUCCCGCUCCGGGUGACAGAAUCUCUGACAUGUGCCGUGCUCCAUCCCAGAGAAGGUGUUGUCCGCUGUUGAAGAUGGGACAAAACCCCUGAGAGGAGGAUGGGGUGAAAAAAAACAGAGAUUAGCACGUGCGCAAUCGCGGGGCGGAGCGGAGCAGAACGGAUCAGCUCGGGGCGGAGACACACGAACGAAGCAGCAAUCUUGGGUUUCUUGUUGUUGCUUCUCUUUCGCGAUUGCACCGAUCUCCAGCAGCAGCAAGCAGCGGCAUGGGGCAAGCGUUUUUUUGAUUUUCCCUUUUUUUUUUUUUGGCUCCACCGGUUUAAUUCUUAUUGGAUGCUCCACAACCCCAACGGACGGACGAGAGAGAGAAAAAGGCGGGGGCGUAAAUGACAGCAUCUGGAGAGAGAGAGAGAGAGAAGAAUUGAGGGGUUGGCCAAUGGAAGCUGGCCGAUUUUGAACCACACGCACACACCACACAUGGUUUUGGCGAGGGAUCAGGGGUCGGAUCAAUGGCUCGAAUUGAGAAGCUGACGAUACGGACGGACGGUGCAUGUUCGAUGCGGUGUGGUGGUGGUAGGCUGGCAGGUGACUGAGCAUAAACUUCACGCAAGAGGAGAGGAGAAGGGGGGUCCAUUCUGAAAUAAUCAUCUGCUGGGGUUGAGAGCAGCAUGUGGUUUCAUGACGACGACUUUUUGGAAGUGUUUUGUGUGUACUGGCUCGAUUCGACAUUUUCCCUCGUGAUCGCAUGUGAGUGGCCCCCCCUUGAACAACUAUGUAAACCCCUUCCCGAUGUGGGAACGCCUUCUUCGAUUUUUCAGAUUGAUCGGUUUCUGUAAGGUACAUGUACAUGUCAAGCAACCUGAAUUUCAGGUGGUUGCCGCCUGGAUAAAAAAAAUAACUGCGGCAUUUGCGAGCACACGAGCAAAAUAGCAGUCCAGGACGGGAGGACUGCAGUCAAUCUAUCAAACUGACUUUGGGCAUUCCGUCGUCACCGCUGCCAGACUUUCGCAAUGUUUGGUUGCUACCUCGAAGGUACAUCGCAUUGGCUUGCGAGUUCAAAGCAGGCGAUCCGCCCGCCCCGGUACGUACCCACAUGGCCAUGGCCAGCCAGGGCCAACCUCUCCACACCUUGUCCGCUUCUUCCUUGUCGAGCCCCCCCAGAUUACUCCAUCCAACCAGGGAUGAAGGAGAGUUCCAGCAAAAGGUACGUAUCGUCGCCAAUGUGUACUUGUGACUUCCGGGAGCCAUGAGGACCAUGAUGGCUGGCAAGAUAUAAUCUAGUGGUAGCCCCGUUCCCUCCUGUUUCCCCCCCCCCCCACCUGGCUUCUCUCUUCGUGACUCGGAAUCUUAGACCGACGGGGAAGUCUAGACGCAGUACCAACGACGACGACCUCAACUUGUAAAGCAUACCUUGACAUUGCUUCUACCAUUGUUCUCUCCAUUGAAGUGCUUCACUGUCGUCAUCACCACCACCCCAUCCAGGGUUAAGCUCUUUUCAUCUUAGCGACUCGGGUCCAUCUUAGAGCUCCAACGACAACCACUUGCCACUUACAAGCUUCCGCUUUGAACUGGACGCUACCUUACUCAUCGCCAUUGUUUGCAAGCUCAGGGGGUCCUUCUAACCUUCGAACACUGCUCCUCACCACUAUACCACACCACCGGAAAACACACAUACACACACACAUCACAUCACAAUGCCCGGAUCAGAGUCACCAGCUCGGCAAAUAUCACCCGAAGCCGAAAACAUGCAGCCGAGGUCGCCUCCGUCAGGCUCGGGCUCGGAGCCCGAGAGCAGUAGCCAGCAAGCCGGCACUGCCGACAGACCAAAAACCACCAAACGCCGUGCCGCGAGAGCCUGCGAAUCAUGCCGGAGACGCAAGGUUCGCUGUGAUGUUGUCACUCAGAGCCCUUGCACCAACUGUCUGUACGAGAAGGUGGAGUGCCUGGUUCCAGAGUGCAGGAGGAAAAGAAAGCAUCACUCAAGAGUCUCAGAAUCGCUCGGCUCGAGUGUCGGGUCGAGUACCGAGGCUUCGCUCCUGCGGGCCAAGUGCCUCGGCUCAGCCGCGCCAAUGGGCUACGCUCAGAACGGCCAAAAUCUCGACUUCACUUACACCGGCAACCCUCUUUUGAGGCAGCAGCUGUUUUCCCAGGCCGGGAGUGACGCGAUACGAAACCAGCAGUAUCUGAAUCUCUCCUAUCAGAACGGUGCAGCCGGCUUUGGUUCAAAUGCUCCUCUCAGGCCGAGGGUGUCUCCCUCGCUGCUGUACCAAAACACCGGCUUCCCACCGCUUCAGCCUGCCAUCGAAGUCAGCCAGCAACUCAAAUCGGUCCUCGAGGCUCAGGCAUCACCAAUAGCACCGGCGGAGCCGCAGCUGCCGGCUUUCAUCAAACCGAUUCCCAAGGCUGUCUCCCCCGAGGAUCUCGACUACCUCAAUGCCAAGAAGGCUCUCACGCUCCCGCAUCCUCAGCUACGAAAUGCCCUGCUCAAGGCGUACGUCGAAUAUGUGCACCCGUACAUGCCCGUGAUGGACGUCCAUCCUUUCCUCAAUGCGAUCAACGACCAGACGGGCCAAUCCGGCAAGAUCAGCUUGCUGUUAUUUCAGGCCGUCAUGUUUGUGGCGACUGCUUUUGUCGAUGAGGACUUGUUGAAGGCCGAGGGUUAUCAGGACCGGAGGGAGGCGCGGAAGGCCUUCUUCAGUAAGGCGAGGGUUCUGUAUGACUGCGAUACUGAACUCGACCGCCUGCACCUGGUCCAGGCUCUUCUCAUGAUGACUUACUGGUACGAAUCACCAGACGACCAAAAAGACACCUGGCACUGGAUGGGCGUGGCCAUCUCACUGGCCCAGACCAUCGGUGUGCAUCGCAACCCGGUGGCGACGAACUUCCCGCCAGCAAAGAGGGGAUUGUGGAAGCGGAUCUGGUGGUCAUGCUACAUGCGGGAUCGCAUGAUCGCCCUCGGGAUGCGCAGGCCGACCAGGAUCAAGGACGACGACUUUGACGUGCCAAUGCUGGAGGAGGGCGACUUUGAAAUCGGCAGACUCCGGGAGGACAACCAACUGCUGGGCCCUGACUGCGCUCUGGUCCGCGACGUCGAGAUGCAGAGGGAGCUGGCGUUCAUGUGCAUCGAGAUGGCGAAGCUGUGUCUUCUUGUCAGCGAGAUGCUCAGGGCGCAAUACUCGAUCCUCAGCAGAGGCGGCAUGCGGCCGGACGUCACGACAGCGAGCACGAUGAUGCUCCUGCCCAAGAAGGACCAGAACCCGGACGGCUUUGCCAUGACUCAGCAGGUCGACGCCAUGCUCAACCAGUGGGCUGUCGGCCUGCCGUCCUGCUGUCGGCGCCAGCCGGUGCCCCUGACCCCCAUCGAAGAAGGGCGCAGGCCUGUUGUCCUGCAGCGCCACCUCUUGCAUCUCAUCUACUACACCACCGUCUCGGCCCUCCACAGGCCGCAGUUCCUCCGCCCUCAGAGAGCCGAGCCCGUCAUCCCGACAAAAGCCCAGCAGUACUCCCAAGAACGGGUGCGUGACGCAUCAAGGGAGGUGAUCAAAAUGGUCACCGAACUCCGCCAGCACGGUCUAGAGCGGUGCCUCCCCACCACCGGCGUCACCGUCCUCCUCCCCGCAAUGAUCAUCCAACUCCUCGACUCGACCGCCCUCGACGCAGACGACCAGACCAGAGCCCAAGCCGCCCAGGGCUUCAAGGAGCUCCUCGCCGUCAUGAGAAACCUGAAGGAAAUCUACGCCGCGGCAUCCUACGCCGUCAACUUUAUGACCUGUGUUCUCCAGGGACGGGCCUCGCAACAGCAGGUGCAGAGACCGCAGCAGGCGUUUCAGAGCAUGUCCACUGCUACUCCUGGUGGUGGGAUGAACAUGAUGCCUUCUUCCAUGCCGGAGCGGCCGUCGACGCCGCCGCCGGAUGACUCGCAGUUUAUCAGCUCGGCUAUGCAGGGGGUCAAUAAUCUUUACAAUCACCCCCAGCAUCAGACGCCCGGGUUUGCGGGGAGUGGGAUGGCGGCUGGUGGUGGUGGGGAGAUGGAGGAUACUAUCAUGAUGAUGGGUGGGCAGACGCCCCCCGGGACGGAUUAUGACUCUGGGUCGCCUGGGGCGGAGCAUGGGGGUGGUGGUCUUGAUGGUGGCGGGGAGGAGACGUUGAAGCACCACUUUGGGGGGGCUCAGCAGAGCGCGACUAACGGGGCGGGGAAUGAGGUGGUGUAUAGUGAGUGGUUGGAGGAGUAUCCGGGUGAUAUUGGGGGGCCGGAUGGGGAGUUUUUGGGGAUGGGGAUGGACAUGGGUGGUUCGGGGUUGGGUGUCGUGGGGGAGGAGGCCAAUGCGAGGUAUGAGUGGAACUCUAUGAGCAUGGGUGGUUGAAGAAGAAUAUGUGAUGGGGGAGGCGACAGAAGGAGAGAGGAAGAAGAAAAGCAUUGCUAUAUACCCUCGGGGGGUGUUGAAAUCGCAAGGAAAGGAAAAAGAACGGAAAGGUAUGGCAUGGAAAGGACAUGGGCAAGGGCGUUUUUUGGGAUGUGGGUUGAAAUAGGCAUUUGGGAUUGAUUGGGUUAUAUAGGAAAUUCUUCGGAAAGCGAUUUGACGGGUUACAUCUUGAAGAUAGAGGAGGAGGAAGUUUGGAAAGAAGUAGAAUCGGAUGAGAAUGACGACGACUAAGCCUGGACCAAUUGGUUCGGAGAGUUGAGAAAAUAUUAUUAAUUUCGAUGAUGACCCUUUGGUUGCCCGCCC